ACAAACAAUGUUGUACGUAAUUUGAUUUGACUUUGUAGAAACAAAUAUUCACUUAAGAAAAGAAAAAACUAUAAAUUGAAACAAUCGAAUGUAUAUUUAGUAAAAUGAAUCACAAAUUGAACUCAACAAAGACCCCGCAAAACAAUCACGUUCAUUACUUCAAAUCUAAGCUACAUAAACUUCAAUUAAGAAACUAGCUACCGAAUUGAUCAUUUUUUUCUUUAUAAAAUUUUAGUGAAGAAAAUUUUCUCAUUCCUCUUAUACUGAAUUUCAUUCACUUUGUAAAAACCAGAAUUAAGAAUUAAAAUGGUAACAUUUGAUUUCAACGUGUUUCUGUUAUUAUUCUUUGUUUUAUCCAUUAUUACUACUACAAAUGCUGUUGAUCCUCUUGCUCUUCCUCUUCGUCUUCAAGACUUCUCCGAUUUUAAUCGGAGUAGUUUUCCGCCGGAUUUUAUUUUUGGAACAGCCUCUUCUGCAUUCCAGUAUGAAGGUGGAGCAUUUGAAGGUGGAAAAGGACCAAGUAUUUGGGAUACUUUCACUCAUGAAUACCCAGAAAAAAUAAGAGAUCGAGCUAAUGGAGAUGUAGCUUGCGACGCGUACCAUCGAUACAAGGAAGAUAUUGCAACCAUAAAGGAUUUGAAUAUGGAUGCGUAUAGAUUUUCGAUUUCUUGGUCUAGAAUCCUACCAAAAGGAAAGCUCAGUGGAGGCAUAAACCGUGAGGGAAUAAACUACUACCACAAUCUCAUCAACGAAAUAUUGGCUAAUGGUUUGCAACCAUAUGUGACACUUUUUCAUUGGGACGUUCCCCAAGCCUUAGAGGAUGAGUAUGACGGUUUUUUAAGCCGUAACAUUGUCGAUGAUUUUAGGGACUAUGCUGAACUUUGUUACAAGGAAUUUGGUGAUAGGGUGAAACAUUGGAUUACUUUGAAUGAACCAUGGAGUGUGAGCAUGAAUGCUUAUGCAUAUGGAAAGUUUGCACCGGGUCGGUGUUCAGAUUGGUUAAAUCUGAAUUGCCUAGGAGGUGAUUCGGGGACAGAACCAUAUUUGACUGCGCAUUACCAACUUCUUGCUCAUGCCGCUGCUACAAAACUAUACAAGAUCAAGUAUCAGCAAUCUCAAAAGGGUAUAAUAGGGAUUACCUUACUCUCUCACUGGUAUGAGCCGGCCUCUAAAGAGAAAGCAGAUGUUGAUGCUGCACAUCGAGGCCUCGACUUCAUGUUUGGAUGGUUUAUGGAUCCAAUCACAAAAGGAAACUAUCCAAAAAGCAUGCGAUCUUUGGUGGGAAGCCGACUACCGAAGUUCUCCAAAGAAGAAUCCGAGGAUCUAAAAGGGUCCUUCGAUUUUCUGGGCCUAAACUAUUACUCAUCCUAUUAUGCCACUGAUGCACCUCACUUACGCGAUGCCAGACCAGCCAUACAAACCGAUUCUCUUAUUAAUGCUACAUUUCAAGUUAAUGGCAAGCCCCUUGGUCCAAUGUCUGCUUCUAGUUGGUUAUGCAUUUAUCCGCAAGGACUUCGAAAACUGUUGCUUUACGUCAAGAAUAUGUACGAUGAUCCCAUAAUUUACAUUACUGAAAAUGGUCGCGAUGAGUUCAACGAUCCAUCAUUACCGCUUGAAGAAUCCCUUUUAGAUACUUACAGAAUUGACUACUUUUAUCGUCAUCUUUACUCUGUUCAAAGUGCAAUCAGGGAUGGUGUGAAUGUAAAGGGAUAUUUCGCAUGGUCAUUGUUGGAUAACCAUGAAUGGGAAUCUGGCUUCAGCUUGCGAUUUGGACUCGUCUUCGUGGAUUAUGAAAACGACUUGAAAAGACACCGAAAACUAUCGGCACAUUGGUUCAAGAAUUUCCUCCAAAAAUCAAAUCCAGAAAGGUGUUUUGUUUAAAUGAACUUAGGAUUUGAAUAAAGUGAUAUGAAAUUACAAAAUGUCUCUCACAACAAUGAAACCAAAUGAAGAUGUCAAGCUCUCAUGGAAGAGAGAAAUUAUAGCUCUUCCAAUUUCUUCAACCUGUAGUUGUUUACUUUACAAUUCAUUUGUUUGCUUUUAUUAUCUUGGCUUUGAAUUUAUGUACCAUUUUUAUUUGACACUUUUGGCUUUUUAGCAUUAGUUGUUGUGGAACUCAAUAGAAUUAAAAGGGUCAUGAUGCAUAGCAAUAUUGUGUCCCAUAGGUAUGUGGAUAUAGUGUUUCGAAAGAUUGAUUUUGCUAUAUAAAAAGGUUUAACAGCGUAGCUUAUUGCUCGUCUACCUUU